GUAGUGAAGUUGUGAUCUGUUGAAACGUUUUGCCCUGAAUUUUAGGGGGCUCUGAUGAUUUGCUGUAGCGCUGGAUGCGGAUUGUAUUUGGAGUUUGUCCUCCCCAGGGCAGGGCUGCUCAGCUCAGGUCACUGCUCUCCCCGCAUCCCGUGACUCACACAGGCGGAGCAGCCACAGCGCUUCGCACCCAAGACCGAGAUCGCAGCCAGCUUGUUCAAUCCCCUUCGCUCGCUGAGCUGCAACAAACCCACCGAGCACCGGCCGGCAACAUGCCCGAGGGGCUCAUCACUUCCAGAACAAUUCAGAAUGGGCACACUGGAAUCGACUUAUCAGUCCCUGAAUACCAGGAAAUCCAUGGCAGUCUGAUGUCGGGCCAUGUUGAGUAUCAGAUUGUGGUUGUCACUCAACUGGCCUCCUUUAAAUCUGCAAAGCACAAGGCCAAAGAUGUUGUUCAGUUUGUGGUAUCCAGGAAGUACAGUGAGAUUGACGAUUUGUGUCAGAAGCUGGGCACCCAAUAUCCCAAGACAAACCUGCCCUCCAUGCCCAGGAAAGUUUUAUUCGUAGGGGAGGCUGAUAUAAAAGAAAGAAGAGUGGUGUUUGAUGAAAUCUUCAAAUUUAUUGCCAAGGACACAACCCUAGCAUCAAGUCCUGAGUUGAUGGACUUUUUAGGGGCAAAAACUAAAGACCUUGGUGAUUUGAAAUUUAAAACUGAAAAUGAUGCAGAUGAGGAAUUGCAAGAAGAUGAAGAAGAGUCUGGAGAUUUCUUCAACCAGAAGACUUCUAAAGAUAGUGGUACGCUGAGAUCAUCAAACACCCUUGCUCCUACAGUAGAGAAGCCAGUAGAAACUUCUGAUCCACUGGGCAUUACUAGCUAUAGAUUGAAGAAUACCGAGUCCUCUAACCAGGAUACUAAACUGAAGUUCACACUUUUUGAUGAGGAAGCGGAUGAUGAUGUUGGCCUUUUUGAACCAGUGAAAGGUUUCACCAAACCAGCCACUCAAAAAUCCUCUUUCAAAGAUGCUGCUUUCAAAUUAUUUGAGGACCCAGACUUGGGUGGAACUAUCCAAACAGGUGAUCCUUUAUUACUUCCAGCUGCCUACGAUCUUAAAGGUGGAGCUAUAAAUGUAAAACUUGAUGAGGACACUGAAGAAUUAUUCAGAGUUGAAGAUGACUUGGAUAAAUUACUGAGACCAAGUGCCAGCAAUAAAACGAAACCAAAGGUGCCAACCAAGCCAGCUGUGCCAACCAAGCCAGCUGUGUCAACCAAGCCAGCUGUGUCAACCAAGCCAGCUGUGCCAACCAAGCCAGCUGUGGCAACCAAGCCAGCUGUGCCUAAAAAGACAACCUUGUCAUCUGAAAUGAGAAGUAGUCCUGCAGCACAAUCUGGUUCCAUUAAAAACACAGUGGCUGACAUGGAUGAACUGGAUAUUCUGAAAUACAUUCAAGAGAAUGAGGCAUUGAGUAGUGACACACUCGAUCUGUUUUGAACAGAUCCUCCAGCAAUACUGCACCAACUGCUUCAAAUCGUAAUCUCGGUUACCUACCAGCAAACCACCAUAAACUCCAAAUGUAUUAAAACAAUUUUCAGUACUGUUCAAUUGCACUCGUAGACUUGAAUGUUAGAGAUUUAAUUGAAAGUGUUAUUUUUAUGUUUCUGAGGCAAAAGUCAUUCAGCUGUUGAAGUUUCUGAGGUAGAAAAUAAGAGGGUAAAUUUUGACUCUGUCCUGUUCCCUCCACUCCUCACCUGAUCCACCAAGUGCUUGGAUCAGAAAAUUGGAGGCAAGAUACCUGCUAUUUUUCUCUUUCCCGGAUCCAUGGUCAUGGUGGCCAGGUACAUCCAUUGCCCUGGGUGAGCAUUUGGAAAAUCAAACAUUUAAAUAGACAAUAUAUGUAGCUGGGGUACCAAAAAAUGUUGAACUGGAUUGUAAAUCAAAAGGAAGAAAGCUGUGUGGCAUAUGAAGGUGAUCUCAUGAGUGAACUAUUUUAUACAUCAAAUCAAUGCAUUUCUUUCUUCGUUCUUACAAGAAAUUCCUGGUGCCAUAUGUCCUUACAAAUUAAUCCCUUUCAGAAGUUCAUUCAAGUGAUAAGCCAGAGUGUUUUCUUUUUGGUUUUAUGCCUCAUUUGCUUAAAGGUUGCUUUUACAGAACCACCAGAAGGCACGCUAUGUUUUUUUUGACCAAUACCAUAUGUACCGUACUUAUGGGCUUAGAAGUACUGACCAAAAUCCAAAAGGAAUGCACUGUUUACACUCGGUAUUGACUACAGUACUCAAAUCUACUUUUCUGAUUUAUUAAUGUAUUGUUUCUACAAGCUAUUUGUCUGAAGUUUGAUUGUAAAGCUGGUAUUACAUCUUCCCUCAUGAGUGUUGUGACUCAAGGCAGUUGUGUACAGACCUAUAUGUCAGUAGGCCUCGAUAAACACCUAUGCUGCCUGGCAUUAUCUUCAGUUCUGAGUGUUAAUCUGGUGUCUAUAGUAACAACUAGGUACUGAAUUUCCCAGUUCGGGAUGGUUUGCAUCAAGGCCAGAAAUGGUAGUUUGGCAGCAUGGAAAUCUAUGCACCUGUUUGUUGCCGAGAGUCUGUAGCUAAGACAUUGCUCUAAUCUUGGAUCUCCAGUCCAUUCUCUUAGGUGAACAAACUAUUCUAUACAGCAAGACUAUAAGAGAACUAACAUCAAUGUAAAAUAUAUACAUUACCCUUUUGCCUCUACCUCCAAAAAUUUCCAUUUGUAAUUUUCCUUAUCAUUUCAGUUUCCACUCUGUCCUUUAUGCACAUUUUCCCACUCAGUUUGUGCCCAUGUUUGUGGCUGAGCAGUGCACUUUGCUUUUCUCAGGUGUUUGUACUGACCUCCGCCAGUGUUUCAAUAAAUUUAAAUGUUGAGGAUUCAGUUGCUGAAUCGACCGAAGAUGAUAUGAUAACCAAUGUUUUGUGCCAGCUCUUUUUGCAAUGGAGAGAUGGUGAAACAGGUAGCUAUGUUUAAAACCUGGGAGCAGCACUGGGGAUGAAAACCUGGCUGGGACUGGAAAUAGCUUGAUAAAGCUGUAGUUAUAUACCUGUGCCCCUGUUAUUAAUUAUUUCUGACCAGCAGCAACUGUGAUUUUGAUUGUAAUAUAGCUUCGACUGAGGUUUAAUUACAACUACAAGGAAAUUAUAUGAAGUGAGUAUAGUAAUAUAUAUAAUAUAGUACAGUAGCAGUGUUAGCGUUCUACAUAACUGCCAAGUGUACAAUAUUUUCUGGAAAAGUUUGUGUAUAUGAUGAUAGAAUUUUGAUUUAAUAAUUGCAUUAGAAUUUGGCAGUUAGCUUGUUUAAUGUUGACAGUAAGAAGGCAUUUCAGGAGUCUUAACAAAUCAUCAUCUGUCUGUCAAGGUAAAUAGGAAUAUUGCAAGCUUUGCAGAGCAAAAAAGCUCCUUGUUUUGUUCUAGGUCUGUGCUGAGUCACCUGAUUUCAGCUGGAUAACAGCAAGGGCAUUGCAACUGCCCCCACCAUCUGAGUUGAGAGGGAGGUUAGGCAGAGGUUUCUCUUGCCCUCCUUUACCCCUCUCUUGCUCGCUUCUUCUCCUGCCCCCUCCCUCCCUCCCCCACUGUCCCUCACACCUUUUCACCACGGACUGUUGCAAUGUCACACACAUGAACAUAGGGUGAGGAGAUGACUGGGGUUAUAUCCGAGCAAAAACUCAAUUCUUCAGAAAAGAAAAGAAACAUGUCACGGAUGAAAAAGGCUUUUCUCAAAUGUAAUGAAUCCCUUUAUGUUCUUAAAAGGCGCAUUAGUUUCCAAACCUUUGCAUAUAGUUUAAACUUUGCUUUUGUAAGGAGAUAUUCAUUUAGUAAUUGUAGUUUUAAGAUAUGAAGGUGAUGUUUAGUGUUAAUACAUUAUCUCAAGCACUGACAUUCAGAAGAAUAUGAUGUGCCAACCAAGCUGUUUUUUUUCACAACUACUGAUUACAAGGAUCAAAAGUUGCUCAGUCAAAGACUACUUGCUGGACACCAGGAUAAAUAUAGUGAGAGGAGAUGUAGUCAAGCCUCCUUUGUCUGUGUGAAUGCAGCUUUCUCACCUUUUUCCACAGCCCACUGACAGACAAUGGAUUUACGGUGUAAGAGUUUCUGCACUACCUUGCCCAUGGAGCCAUUCCUUAAGUGUGGAUGUAGACAGGGAGCAUAGAAGAUCUUUCUAAAUUAGUAUAUCCUGUUGUUAUCUCCUAGCCAUAACAGGAGGUGGGUUGAGAAUUGAGUGACUGCUGUCUGUAGAUGGAGGCACAGUAACUAAAGCUGCUUUUAUAUUGUACCAGUGCCGAUAGUUUCUGAUAUUAGAUUUGUGCAGUCAAAAAGACAGCCAAAGAAAAAUGGCCAGUUUUGUUAAGGUGAGCAGCUAGGCAAAUGUCCUUGGAACUCUCUUUUCCCAGUCACCAAUCUUAGCAUAUCUAUUGACUGCACUUGUGCAGUAAGUGUUUGUGUUUCUUUAAAAUGUUUGUGACAGUUGUGUUGACUUAGUGAGAGGAUUCUUAUUUCAUUUAAAAAUAAAUGUAUGCAGUCCAGUUAGAUGAUGUGGGGUGGGGAGCUGCUGCGUAUGUGGUGAUAUGAUUAAUCCACUGACCUUAUUGUAGCAAGACCUGAUAGUUUUGUUGAAGGUAACUGAAAAUCUAAUGCAUCUUUGUCAGAUUAAAUUUUGCACCACUUAAAGGCACAGCAAAAGUGUUCUGUUCUGAUGACAUUUAAGUGUUCAGUGAAUAUCCCAUGGAACAAGAGUAUGGCAUAAAGAAUGGAAUAUUUGUGCUCACUGUUAAUGUUGAUGACAACAUUUUUAAUGAGGGCUGUAGUCAAAUCACAUGAAUCAAAUCACAGAAUCAAGUAUGAAUUAAUACAAAAUUAUCAGAAAGACUUGGGUGACUUUUCCAUUUGCUAUUAACUGUUGUUACGGAGAUGUAAAACUUGUAAAUCCCAGCAGAAGGAUAUCCUUCCUAACUGGUAUUAUUGUGGAAGGAUUAUACAUAACAGAAAGGGAAAAUUAAGAACAGGAAUUACUUCCUGGAGCUUUUUUUAAUUUGAGUCUUUAUUUUUGAGCUAUUGUCCAUAUAUCUUUUUUUCUAACCCCCUCUCAUGUCUGGACUUUCCUGUGUAUAUAAUUUAACGCCUGUAAGCUUCGCUUUGGGGAAACCAAACUACAUAAAACUUAAUGAGAUGUUUAAAACAAGACUUGUUCAGAAUAAAUGUUAUAGCUAAGAGUAUUUUCUCCAACCACAUUUCACUUCAAAGUGACCAGAAGCAUUGUUUAUUGUUUGCCAGACGGGAGGUUUGUUGGAAAGCUAUGAGCAUGUUUAUACUGUUCCAAUGAUGUUGUAGGCUAUAGAGGGACAUUUGGCUGUCUUCUCUCAGCUGGGCCAGUUUUCUUCUCUGGUCAUGCAUUCAGGUGGAAACAUCAAUCAUCCCCCAAUGAUCAUUUCAGUGACUGGCUGAAAAAUGCACGUGUCUGGUUGAUAAAUGAAGACUGGGUCAGAUUUGCCAAUGACGCUCUGUACAUAGCUUUCAAUACUCAAUAGGUUCUCACUUGGCAGGUGCCCAUAGGACUCCAGGUGCAUCAUUUGUGCACCUCCCCAGUGCAAAACCUGGCACCUGCCUUUCAUAAGGGAGGGGCCUGCCUCAUCCACACACCCUGCCCGGUAGUACGACCCACUUAUGCCUACCUGAAGGCUAGUUUGUCUCCUCUUACUCAGUGUACCAACCCCUUGUAUUACAGUGGAUCCUGAAAGAGACUGGGAAUCAAGAAAUACAGUACUUGCUUGGUCGAGGGUGGGUAGAUUUAAGCCCUUUACGAGGCAGGCUGGCAAAACUUGCAAAUGAUGGAUAUUUGCUAUUUUCCCUUGGGUUCCACCAACAUUACGGUAAUAUUCUAGCAAGACCCUUUAAGAACAAACUAUAAUUUUUCCGCAGAAAAUUGUCUCGCCAUCACUGAAGUGCCAUUGAUCAGAGUUGUGCUUCACACAUGAGAUGUUCUUGUGUCUGUAAAUUUCUGUUUUAUUCCUGCCAAAUUCUGAGGCGAUGAUGCAAACAUACAACUAAUAAAGGCUAUUAUAA